GGACGGGGGCAGAACGCACCCCAGAGCCUCCCUGUGUCGUGGGGGCAUCAAGAGCUUCUGCGAUGAGUGGGAAGGGUUGAAGACCGAUUUCUGUUAACAGCAGAAAGUCUGCGUGCUUAUGAAGAGGUAAAGCAACUUAUUUAUCACUUUAUUUCGCGCUUCGUUCAAAUAUUUGACUGAAUCCUGAGUUCUGGAGCAGGUCAAACUGGGCCAGCAGUAAGCAGACAAGUACGGAAUAUUUUCCAGCAGAUCGUAACGUGUGAACCACAGGCACGGCUGUGACCUGCUGGUAGGAAGAGCACGCCAGACUCCAGUCAGAACAUGAGAAUCCGGCUCUGUCCAAGUCCCACAUGUGUGGCCAGCAGCCAGAAGGACUGAGCGCGUGUGCGCAGGGUGACGCUGCCGGUCAGUUGAGAGCAAACACGUGGCUGAGGAAUCUGAUGCUGAUCUGGUGAAAAGACUGCUAACGUGAGCCCAUGUUUAAAGACACAACCACAAACACAGGGUUGCCCCAGUGACCCCUGCCAGGGCCCGCAGAUUGCACCUGCCAUGUUAAAGCAUCUCAACAACAGUGUUGGGAAGUGGCUGCUCCACAUUUUCCCACUGUUUCCGGGGCUUGUCUGUGUUCCCUCUCUCUCCAUUACUGUUUUCCAUUAGUGGGUUUCCAUGCCCACCUGUUUGUAGGUUGUUUUCAGGUUUCAGUGUUACGCAUUCCUAUGAAAACCGGGGUUGCUGUUCUGUCCCUCGGGAUGGAACAUUCCUCUGUGUUGCAGUCUCUGGGAUUUGUGCUUCAGCACAAAAUGUGGAACGUGAGCAGCUCAGUUCCAGGAGUGUUCCAACGCUGCACAAUGAGCGCUGCCUCCAAACACAAAGCAAUUCCUACCAUUCCAGAGACCGAGCACUUCAGAAGUUAUGUAGGUACCUUGCAUACAGUUGGGCACCAAACCAAAAGUGAAUCUUGUGUGGAUUUCACCAGCUGGGAUGUGGAGAUCCAAGAGCCUGGGCUGAGGGUGCGCAAGGAAUAAGCUUGUAGGGAAUGGGGGGAGGUGGGUGGCAGUAAUUAAGUGUCAAGAAAGAGGGUGUUUGGAGAUAUCAGUGAUAUCGGUGGGGACUGAAGGCAAAGAAUGUGAGGAGAUGAAAAUGAGGAAGCGAGAGCGCCUCCAUUUCCAAAAGCCACAUGCCAGAGUGCCUCCAUCCCCACGGGAGGUGACCCGGGCACCUGGGCCCCACCUCGGAACCCCCGUUGCCUGGGCACCCAGGCAGGCCGUGCUGUGCUCUGAGACCAUGGAGCGGCGGUGGCUGCCCCUCCUGCUGCUCCUGGUGCCCUGGCUUCCGGGGCUGCACCCCUGCCUGCUCUGCUUUGGGCCCCCCGUUCAGUGGGCCCGGCUCUGCCGUGAGAUGGCCAGGAGCUCUCAGGACUCCCAGCACCAGCACUGCCUGGAGGCCCUCGCAGAGGCUGCUGUGCCACUUGCCCCCGUCACUGUGGGAGCAGCGCAGAGCGAAGCACUGCGGAAGAUCGUCAUGGAUGCCUUGCACUUACUGGAGAAGCAGAAGGACAAGAAGCCUUUUGAGGUGUCUCUGCGGGAAGCCAUCCAAAUGAUUUGGGUGAAGCUGAGCCAGUUGGAACAAGCUCCUGCCUGCAUCCCCCCCUGCGGGCACCAGCCGGCCGCGCGCAUCUUCCAGUGCUCAACCUGCCGCCUCGUGGACUGCCAGUUCCCUGUGGACUGCCCAGUUCAGGACUUGUGGGUCCACGAGGACGAAGCCAUCACGCUGCACUGCGACGUGCCCUUCGCCGUCCCGCCGGAGCUGCAGGUUACGUGGAUGUUUGCCAAGGACAUACGCACGCAGGACCUGGCGCUGUUUGAGGAGCUGCAGAGGGGCGUUGGGGAACCGCCCAGCCUGACCGUGCAGGACCCCACUCUGGGAACCGUCGCCUGUCGCCUGGGGGCCGCCUCUGAGACCCUGGCCCGCAAGUACUUCUACCUCAACGUGUCAGGGGGAAGCGUGGAGGCCGAGCAGGGGCUCCAGGCCCGGUUCAGAGCUGUGCUGCGCUGGCCCCAGGGAAGAGCCCCCGUGCACCUCACCACAUCCCUGCAGCUGGGACUGGUCCUUGGCUUCGUCAGCCUCGUGCUGCUGCUGCUGCUGCUGUCUGUCUGGCGAUGCUGCCGAAAAUCUCCGGAGCCUCCCAGACCCCAGUGACUUCCAGGCACCCCAUGGACCUGGACACCAGGGCCCCAAUGGGAGCGUGGAUUCAUGUGGACUUACACCAGGAUCUUUCCUCAAGGGCUGAAACAUCAGCAGCUGCUCAUCAUGCAUUGUCUGUGGGGUGUAGCGGAGUCCUGGGUCCUAUCCCUGACUCUUUGCCUGUACGGAGUGGGGGAGAAUUUGCCUUUGCUUUUGUUACAAA